AUCCAUUUCAAUGGUGCAGCUUUCCCAAGCCCCUUUCCGUCGCCCAUCAUCACCUUCAGGCCGGUCAAAGGAGGGGGAGGAUAAGAGCAUGAAGGCGGCCAAGCAGCAGGUGAACCCCUCUGGGGAGAGCCAACCUCCCUCCAGCCCCCUGCAGUCUGCGCUGAACUCGGCAGCCUCUCCUUCCCAGGCAUAUGAGACUUACAUUGAUAAUGGGCUUAUCUGCCUCAAACACAAGAUCAGGAACAUUGAGAAAAAGAAGCUCAAACUAGAAGACUACAAAGAUCGCCUGAAGAAGGGAGAAGCUCUCAAUCAAGACCAGUUGGAGGCAGUGGAGAAAUACGAUGAAGUAGUACACAACUUGGAAUUUGCCAAGGAACUUCAGAAGACUUUUUCAGGACUUAGCCAAGAUCUGCUGAAAGCACAGAGGAAGGCUCAGCGAAGAGAGAGUCUACUGAAGCUUGAAGCAGAGAAGAAAAAACUGCGUACAAUACUCCAAGUCCAGUAUGUGCUGCAGAACUUCACUCAAGAGCAUGUUCAGAAAGAUUUCAAAGGUGGUGUGAAUGGUGCAAUAUAUUUGCCUUCUAAAGAACUAGACUACCUCAUAAGAUUUGCAAAACUGACAUGUCCAGAAAGAAAUGAGAACUUGAGUGUUGAAGACCAGAUGGAACAAUCAUCUCUCUACUUCUGGGACCUUUUAGAAGGAAGUGAGAAACCUGUGGUUGGAACAACAUAUAAACACAUGAAGGACCUGUUAUCCAAACUUCUAGACUCUGGCUACUUUGAAAGUAUUCCAACUCCUCGCACCGCUGUGCCAGUAAAAGAAUUGGAAGAAGAAGUAAAUAGAAAAUCUGAGAGAACAAGGCAGAUGUCAAAAGGAGAGUCUGUCAAAGAACCAGAAUCCAUUAUGGAGCUUAUGAAGUCUGAAAUACAACCACAGGAGUUUCUCAACAGGCGUUAUUUGCCUGAAGCAGAAUACUCUGUCAAGAAGAAGCCAGAAGAGCCCAAAUCUUGGGAACCUGAGUGUCCUAGAAAGCAAGACCCUCCAAAGUCCUGGGAAAUGCUUGUUGAUAUUGAAGAGCAGAAACAAGAGACUUUGAAGCCUUGGGAAGCUCGUGUUAGGCAGCAAGAACCAAAAAGACCAGAUUCUCCAAAGCCUUGGGAAGCUCGUGUUAAAGAGGAGGAACAGAAGUGUGAGUCUACAAAGCCCUGGGAGACCCGUGUUGAGGAGGAAGAACAGAAGAAGCAAGAAGCUCCAAAGGCCUGGGUAGCACGUGUCCGAGAGGAGCAGGAGUCCCCCAAGCACUGGGUAGCAAAGGGUAGGGAAGAGCAGGACCAGAAGAAACAGGAAUCGCCUAAGCCAUGGGUAGCAAAAGCUAGGGAAGAGCAGGAACAGAAAAAGCAGGAGCCCCCAAAACCUUGGGUAACCAAGGUUAAGGAAGAACCAGAACAAAAGCAGGAAUCUCCAAAACCUUGGGUAACCCAAACUAGGGAGCAACCAGAACAAAAGAAGCCAGAGCCUGUGAAAUCAUGGGAAAUGCCUGUUAGGGAAGAGCCAGAGCAAAAGAAGCAGGAGCCUGUGAAGGCUUGGGCUGCACAUGUUAGGGAGGAGCCAGAACAAAAGAAGCAGGAGACUCGAGAGGCUUGGGAAAAAGCUGACAGGCAGCAGCAAGUGUCAUCACAGCAGUUACAGAACCCUCCGAAGUCCUGGGGAGCUGCAAGUGUUGGGCCAAAGGAGCAGAUGGGGCCAAAGAAGUUUGAUAUGGAACCCAAAGAAGAGUCCAUUCUGGAAUUUGAUAAAGCUUCACCAAGUGCCAUUGGUUCAUCCCAACCACCUUCAGUUACUCCAGCAAGUAGUCCUGUAGCUUCAAAAGAACAGAAACUGCCAAGUCAGAGUGAUUUUCUCCAACAGCCCCUUCAAGCUGCUGCUUCAUCCAUGACACUGCAUGGUUCAAAUACUUCCUUAGCAUCUGCUGAUCAGACUCUUUCUGGCUCCGAAACUGAAGACUUGGUGACACCACAGACACCACAGGCAACUAUUCCCCUCCCAAGUGAGCCACAGUCACCAUUACCUACUUCAAGCGCUUCCAUGUCGCCAGUACCACCAGCGCAAAGCUUUCAGUCUCCUCCAGCAAGUAGCAGUUCUGUCACAAUAACAGCAGCUCCCUUUCAGGCUAUGCAGACUGUAUUUAAAGUGAAUGCACCACUGCCUCCACGUAAAGACCAGGAAAUAUUUUUUUCAGCAGGAUAUAACCAGAGUUUCUCUACAGCAAGUACACAGACUCCUCCUCAAUGCCAGUUGCAAUCUUCUCAUGUUGCGGAACAAACUUCUCUUUCACAAGAAUCUCUGUCUUCAGCAGUGAAUUAUCAACCUGAUGGAGCUGUUCCUGUUAGCAAUGGUAGCCUUGCCUUUUAUCCAGCACAGACCAAUGUCAUUCCCAGACCCCCUCAGCCUUACAUUAACAGUCGUGGGUCUGUCAGAGGAUCUGCUAGAGGUGGAAGGUCACUGGCUAAUUCAUAUCGUUCCCCUGGUGGGUACAAAGGUUUUGAUGCUUACAGAGGCUCACCUUCAAUAACUAAUGGCAACUAUGGCCAGCUGCAGUUCCCUGGUAGAGAUUAUGCUGGAAUGCCAUAUUCUCAGAGGGAUGUUAAUUACCAGCAGUGCUAUAAACGAGGUGGGAUAACUAGUGGUCCUCGAGCAAAUUCAAGAGCAGGGUGGAGUGAUUCUUCUCAAGUGAGCAGUCCAGAACGAGACAAUGAAACCUUUAACAGUGGGGACUCUGGGCAGGGAGACUCCCGCAGCAUCACCCCUGUUGAUAUGCCAGUGACAAGCCAAGCUGCCACCAUACUACCAGUGCACGUCUACCCUCUCCCGCAGCAGAUGAGAGUUGCCUUUUCUGCCGCUAGAACAUCUAACUUGGCCCCUGGAACUCUAGACCAGCCAAUUGUGUUUGAUCUGUUGCUGAACAACCUUGGAGAAACUUUUGAUAUCCAGCUUGGUAGGUUCAACUGUCCAGUGAAUGGUACAUAUGUCUUCAUCUUCCACAUGCUGAAACUGGCUGUAAAUGUCCCCCUGUAUGUGAAUCUCAUGAAGAAUGAAGAGGUCCUAGUGUCAGCAUAUGCAAAUGAUGGGGCUCCUGAUCAUGAAACAGCUAGUAACCAUGCGGUCCUGCAGCUGUUCCAGGGAGAUCAGAUCUGGUUGCGUCUGCAUCGGGGAGCCAUCUAUGGAAGUAGCUGGAAAUACUCCACUUUUUCGGGAUACCUCCUUUAUCAGGACUAAAAUCCAGUGCGAUGUUUACAAGAGCUGCUCCAAACACCUUGGUGGAGGGGGGUGGGACUAGCUUUGCACUUACUACUGACUUCAUAGAAGAUAUGUGGUUCCAUUAUUGGGGGAAGUGAUGGUCCUGUUGUGCAAGGUGAAAUCAUGGAGUUGGGGUACUGAAUCAGCACUAAUUUGGCACUUUAUCAGUUGUGAUGUAGCCUUGCUAGUAAAGCUGUGAAUGUAUAUUGUUUGCACUUACCCUAAACUGUAUUAAUGUCCAGCUUACUACACUAUCGAUUGCCUCAAGUAUGGGCUAUUCACAAUGCCUUGUUGUGCCUCAAUAAAACAAGUUAAUAUGCAUUUUAGUAUU